UCGGCGGAGGCAUCUGUCGCUGCUCGGCCUCACUCUGACCAGCGGGUGGAUUUGAAGGAGAUGUAGGCUGCUGACGGAGGAGGAUUUAAGUUUAAUUUAGUUGUUUGCAGUGAGUUGUCACCAUUCUCAACACAAGCUGAGGCCAAAGACAAUGAGUGGUAUCACAGCAUGGGCAGAGGACUAUGAUACGACCCAGGAGGAGGGGCGAUGCUCUUCCCCCUGGUCAGAGGAGCGCUGCGAGGAGCUGUGGGACAGGGUGGAGGGGGUGCGACACAAGCUCACCCGCAUCCUCAACCCGGCCAAGCUCACCCCCUACCUGCGGCAGUGCAAGGUCAUCGACGAACAGGAUGAAGAUGAGGUGCUGAACUCCACUCAGUACCCGCUGCGCAUCAGCAAGGCCGGCCGUUUGCUCGACAUCCUGCGAGGCCAGGGCCAGAGAGGUCUGCAGGCCUUCAUGGAAUCACUGGAGUUCUACCAUCCAGAGCAGUACACCCAGCUGACGGGACAAAAGCCCACGCACCGCUGCUCACUUAUACUGGAUGAGGAAGGUCCAGAGGGUUUGACUCAGUUUCUUCUGCUGGAGGUGCGUAAACUGAGGGAGCAGCUCCGAAACAGCCGCAUGUGUGAGCGACGCCUGUCUCAGCGUUGCCGGGUGGCGGAGGAUGAGCGCAGCCGCGCUGAACGUAAAGCCCAGGAGCUGCGUCUUGACCGUCUGCAGCUGGAGAGGCUGCGUCAGGACUGGGAGUCUGGUAGUCGAGAGCUGUGCAGGCUGAAGGACAGGCAGCUGGAGCAAGCUGUGAAAUACUCCAGGGCCCUGGAGGAGCAAGGCAAGGCCUCCACACGUGAGAGAGAGCUGCUGAGGCAGGUUGAAGAGCUGAAGUCUAGGCUGAUGGAGGCAGAGAAGCGAACCAGCGGGGGUCCAGCCAAUGCUACACCAGUCAGAAGCAACAGUUUGGCCUCCAACAAUAUAAAUGGUACUCCACCUCCUUUACCGGAAAAGCCGCUGCAUCGCACUGAGAUUCAGAAAGCUGGGAAUACUGGAACUCAGGCACUGAUGGACAUCCUGCAGCAGGACCGCAGGGAGGCUGCUGAGCAGAGGCAGGAACUUUGUGAUACCAUCACCAGACUACAGGGGGAGCUAGAGAGCACAGAGGAACAGAGGGACAAGCUGGAGUCGCAGUGUGAGCAGCUCCAGCUGAAGGUGAGGACUCUCCAGCUGGACUGGGAGACGGAGCAGAAGAGGUGUAUGUCCUACUUCAACCAGAUUAUGGAACUGGAGAAGGAAAGGGACCAGGCUCUGCGUAGUCGGGACAGCCUGCAGUUGGAGUAUACCGACUGUCUGCUGGAUAAGAACCGUCUGCGUAAACGCAUUGCUGAACUUCAGGCCAACCUGGAGCAGCAGCAGAGGGAGCUGGAGAGAGAGAGGGAGAGGAGCCGGGAGCAGAGGGAGCAGAACAACUGCCUGCACUGUUCCCACCUGUCUCUGUGCAGUGAGGACCAGUGCUAUGGUCCCUGCUGUUCUCUAGGCCUGGACCUGAGCCCCCAAGCCAAUAGCAGUCAUCUACUACUACGAAAGACGCCCUCUAGAGGCCAAGCCAAUGACCAUUCUGAGGAUUCCCGUUCCAACUCUGAAGAGAAUCUCCUGUCAUCAACAGAGGACAAUGAAAAGGAAAUAAAUCGUCUCUCCAUAUUCCCCUUUCCUCCCUGUAUGAACUCCAUCAAUCGACGAUUCAACACUGAGUUUGACUUGGACUCCUGGGGCAGUGAUGAGAAUGAUAAUAUUACAGGUGAACAGAGUGAGCCUUCUUUGUGGGAUUCCUGGAGCUCCCUUCACUCUCAUCUCUUCCCCCCUGACUUGGUCAACCUGCCUCCAGUUCCUCCAAAGAAACCCAGUUCCAGCACUCUCGGGUUGGCCCCCCUCUCCCCAUCUUCAAGCCCUCCCACCAUACCAAAAUGUGGGAGAGCCAGUCUAGCUGAUGAUAUUACAAUAGUCGGGGGAAACCGUACAGGCAUUUUCGUCAGCUACGUAAGAGCUGGUUCCCCAGCUGAGCAGUGUGGACUGAAGGAGGGCAGCGAGCUGUUGGAGCUUGAGCGAGUUCUGUUUGGUGGGGGCAGUGUGCAGCUGGGCCAGUGCACUGGAGAGGUAGCCCAUUUUUCUCUGCAAUGGUGGAGCGACCCAACAUCACUCAAACAUCAGAUCAACAUGGAGGUCUACUCCAAGCUUUGCUCUCAGCUCUCAUUGCCUACUUUCCUGGGCGCUGACUCCUUCUAUGUGCGUGUCAACCUGGACAUGGACCCACACGGUGACCCUCCCUGUUUGGGGGUGUCGUGCGAUGACAUUAUACAUGUAACAGACACACGAUACAAUGGGAGGUACCAAUGGCGCUGUUCCCUUGUGGACCCACGCACAGCUAAGCCCCUGCAGGCUGGGGCCAUGCCCAACUACAACAGGGCCCAGCAGCUGUUACUUGUGAGGCUACGAACGAUGGCCCUGGAGCAGAAGAAUUUAAAGAAGAAGCUAUCGAAGAAAGAGCCUGGACGUGUACGAUUGGUCAAGGCAGUGGCUCCCAGCUGUCGUGGGAUUGGUUCUGCACCACAAGUCCUUUAUACACUCAGCCACCGACAUGAGGAGCACUUGAUCCCAUACAGUUUAGUGCAUCCAGUGCAGGUUCAGACCAAGCGGCCAGUCAUCUUCUCUCCAUCUCUUCUCUCCCGUGGUCUCAUAGAGAGACUGCUGCAACCCGCAGAGUCUGGAUUGGACUUCAAUACCUGCCUGCCUGAGCCUAUCCAGCCUUCAGAGAGACAUGACAAGAAAAUAUUCCUGUUGGACUCCUCCACCCCGGAGCAGGCUCUGGGUGUACGGCUGCAGUCAAUACAGGAUAUCAUCAGCCAGGACAAGCACUGCCUGCUUGAGCUUGGGCUUCCCAGUGUUGAGGCCCUACUGAGACAGGGGGUUUAUCCCAUUGUCAUCCAUAUCCGCCCUAAGAACAAAAAACACAAGAAGCUGAGGAAGUUGUUUCCAAUGUGUAGGGAUGAGGGUGUGAUGGAGGAGGUGUGCCAGGCUGAGGAGCUGCAGCUGGAGACGCUGCCUCUGCUCUACCACACCCUGGAGCCCAGCACCUGGAGCUGCACGGAUGAGCUGCUGGCAGCUAUACGCAGUGCCAUCCACAGCCAGCAGAGGGCAGUGGCGUGGGUCGAACUGGAUCGGCUGCAGUAGAAUCUGCCAAGUGGGGCUGGUUCCCCAAAAACAUUCAUAAAUGUCAGAAACUAGUUUCUGCUACCACUGACUAAAGGAGCUGUCACCACAUCCAAAACCACACCCAAGUUUACAGAUAAAAUUUGGUCAUCUUUGCUCUAUUCCAAGUCAACGGUCGACAACCUGCUAGGUACUUAUGGGACGUCAAGCCAGUGCCACAUCUUCUGUCAAAGUCAAUACAGUACAAGCAAUAUAUACAUGCAAGCACACACACAUAAAAACAUAUUUGUAUAUAUACACUCCAUGAUGGCCAAGCUGGACUGGCUGCAAAGGGAGUUUUGUGAGAAGAAUGCAAACUAAAAUGAAAUACAUGAACCUGGAAACAAGGAAAGCUAAGUAGAUGAUAAUAAUGACAUGCCUGCAGUUAGCUAGUUACCUGCCAUGAUUUUAUCUACUCAUAUUCAUUAUUUGUUCAAGAAAUAUCACUGUUUAACUCUCCAGAUACCUUAUAUCACUUACUGUUUUAUUUUGCCACUGUAUUCCUAUAUUUUAAUGUGAAUGGUGACUAAAGGAGAUCUGUUUGAAGGGG